AUGUACUUUGCAUCUUCGUCCGCACCCGCGCUCACGCCCCUGGGCGUGCGCCUCCUCGCGCUCUCGCGCAACAAGCUCACCGGCAUGGACUGCGACAACGCCGGUAUGCUCCACCGUUCCGUCAUCGUCCGUGAGGCCGUCCGCUCUGCUUGGGCUUCCAUCGAAGACGGCUCGUCCUCUUCGGACCUGACCAACUGGCGCGCCCCCACCGCCCUCGGCCUCGCUACUCUCUCGGAAGAGGACGAGGACGAGGACGAGUACAACCAGGCCGACGCCGAGGCCCGCUACCUCGACGACGUGCUCUCGACCCUCGGUAACGACGACGACGAAGCCGACCUCGCCUGGGCCGAGACUACUGUCUCGCGCCCCGCCGCCGACGACUUUGAGUCGGACGAGACCUUCCAGGCCUUCACCCUGCCCUCUGUCCAGGUCCUCUCCGCUGCCGACGCCAUCGACACUGAGGACUACUACGACAGCUCGUACAGCACCCACAGCACCUACCGCACCGGUGUGACUGUCAUUGAGGCUGCCUACGACUCCGACUCCGACUAUGACGAGGACGAGUACGCCGAAAUGUCCGCCUCGUGGGUCGAGCUCGACAGCGACAACCACGCCAUCGACCCCCUCGCCGUCUCCCAGGAGCUCGAGGAGGUAGUCACCCCUCCCAUGUACUAUGCCUCGCUCCCUCCCGAGCAGGCCAUGGCCGCCGAGCUCGCCCUCGCAGAGAUCGAGCACGCCGAGUUUGCCAACGCGAUUGCGUCGACUGCGUCGUCGGGCAGCCCGCCGCGUCUCGAAGUCCAUACUCCCAAGUCCGAGACGCCUCCUUUGGUGGCCGUCUUACACCACCAAGACCAAGAACCAGAACAAGAACCAGAACCAGAACGACAAGAACCACCCGAAACACAAAACACCAAAAGCAGCGGCCUCCGGCCUGUCCCAUUCAAGUUUGCGUCGUACAGCGCCUUCUUCGUGGAACAGGCCAUGGACGAGUACGACUAUGACUUUGACGCCGCCCCGCCGUCGUUACAGCCGUGUACUGGCUGUGACGACGACGAGGAAGAGGACGACGAGGAAUGUGUCUGCAAGACCCCGCCGCCCGAAACAGAGUCGCUCAACGAGUUGUCGUCUCUAGGACGAGGAGUAGGGAAGACGAACUGGGCCGUCAACGACGUGGCAUGGGGCCUGGGGUUGACGGUGCCGCCAUGA